AUGCGUACAUCUCGCUGGGUAGCGCGCCGCCUUCGCGACUCCCUCCUCCUUUCUUCCCGACGAUCGCCCUUUCCUCCCUCCGCCGCCUCCGAGUCCAUCCUCGCGCCCUUCGCCUUCUCUUCUCCCUUUCUCCACCCACCCUCUGGACGAGAGGACAAAGCUCCGCCUUGUGGGUUUCUGCUCUUCACCUCCGCCGCCGGCGCUCGCUUCUUUAGGGCUCUCGAUUCAUCACUUGUCCUUUCGAAAGCUUGUUCUAGGGAUUUUUCCUCUUCGGCGAGACCUUCUGGGAUCGCUUAUUCUCUUAGAGUUGCAAAGGUUAAAAGGACCGAAUUUGAUGACACCAGUUAUGGUUAUUCAAAGGAAAGAUUUGUCUGGUCUUUGAUAUCUGCUGUUGGCAUCUUUUGCCUGGGCUCUGGUGCAACGAUUGUGCAUGGAUUUCAGAAUCUAUGGAGCUCUCAUCCUCCGGAAAAUAUUUAUUAUGCUGCUUUAGUUAUUGGCGGAUCGUUCCUGAUUGAAGGUGCUUCUCUGCUUGUUGCCAUAAAUGCUGUCAAGAAAGGCGCAGCUGCAGAAGAAAUGAAGGUGUGGGACUAUGUUUGGCGUGGGCAUGAUCCAACAUCAGUUGCUGUUAUGACAGAGGAUGGUGCUGCUGUUACAGGUCUUGCUAUUGCCGCAGCUUCAUUGGUGGCUGUUAAUACAACAGGAAAUGCAAUUUAUGACCCAAUCGGUUCCAUGAUAGUUGGUAGUUUACUUGGAAUGGUUGCUAUAUUUCUCAUUCAGAGGAAUAGGCAUGCUUUAAUUGGUAGGGCAAUUGAUGAUCAUGACAUGGAAAGGGUUGUAGAUGCCUUGUAUGAUUGCAAAAGCGAGGUAAUUGGGCCUGGAUUUUUUAGAUUCAAAGCAGAAAUAGAUUUCAAUGGCGUAAUGGUGGUGCAAAAUUAUUUGGAAAGAACUGGACGCGAAGAAUGGGCAAAACAGUUUCGGGAGGCUGCAAAAAGCGAGGAUGAUUGUGCACUCCUCAAAGUCAUGGCUAGUUAUGGUGAGGACGUUGUUGAAGCUCUUGGCUAUGAGGUGGAUCGGCUUGAAACAGAGAUUCAGAAGAUUGUCCCAGGGAUCAGACAUGUUGACAUUGAAGCACACAAUCCGGAAGGGAUGUCGAUAUAA